UCCCUAUAAAAACUUUGUCACGAAAGUUGAGUACCAUGGGCAGCGACAUUACGCCUAAGUGUAGUAAUAAACACCAGUAUCUCUAGAUCUAUAGUCAAGUGCACACAACACCUUUCACAUAAUUUGUGCUUCAUUUUGCUAAGACGACGCGUUCUUUAGUGAGCGGGAAAUAGGUCAGAGAGCAUGAUAUAGGAUAUUAUAAUAAAAGUUCACUGGGCCACAUCCUCAGGACCGCAGACGUCGCUGUCUAUGGAGACUGAGAUGGAGAGAACGGAUGAAAGAACUCAAAGCAACAAUACGGACGAGAAAUCACCCGCAUCCAGCCAACAACCCACCCAGCCUUGUGACCCAGCCCACCUAGUGACCAGGCCUCUGACCUCUGUGACGUCACGCACACCCCCGGUCCUCCAGUCCUGGCUCGGCGGGGGGAGAGACCACGCCGUGACCGCCCACGCCUUCGUCUCUGCUGCGCUGGCCCCUGUGCUGAAGUCCGAGAUACCCGCUCGACUGUUCGAAGGUCGCGACACCACAACCGGAAGUUACGUCACUCUCCAGAACAAAGACGAGAACCCGUGCCGUCAGGAACUGGACAGCCUUCUCGCCUGUGCCAGUUUUGUCUUCGACAUCCCCUCGUGUCUGGCCGCUAGAGACCGGCUAGCUACCUGUGUACGGGAGAACGAAGCUUACGAGGCUGCUGACACUACUUACAGUUUGAUCAAGUUGGAUGAAGUCGAAACGUUGUAAUUUGUGUGCACAGCAUUUUGUGUGAUGACGAUGUCAUUCACGAGACACAAGGCAAGAGAUGGAGAUCCUGACACUGCUGGCAAAUAUAAACACUCACAACAGACACCUUUGACCAAGGACCGCCCAUCGCUAGGUCCCAGUUUGCUGUUUAUAGAACGACAUGAGCCUAAUAUGGGUCGAAAAGACAACCCAUGCAAGAAGGAAUGGAGCAACUUUGAAAUGUCCAGAGUGUACCCGUUCGAGUCCUACUCUCGACGUAUGAUGGAGCUGUACAAGUGCAUGCAGAGAAACAGGGAUUACUUCCCUCGUUGACCACUCUCCGCCUCAGCAAUGACGAACGGUAUAGGAGUCAAGCAGGAGUCAUCGCCAGUCUGAGGGCGUGGCAGCACUGACGUCAUAAUUUUUUGGAAAAAGAUAAGACAAAAAAAGAUUAGAUCAGUUACGAUGAGUUAGGAUAAGGUAGGAUAAGAUAACAUAAAGAAUUUAUUGACCCCCUCGAUCAAACAGGAAUUUGCAGGAACUACUGUAAAUCCAUACACGCACACGCACGCCCACACGUACACGCCCACACGCACCCACCAACGCACACGUGGGCACGUACACACACGCAUGCACACACACAUGAUACACUCCAGUAAUCUCAGAGAGUUAUCUCUACAAACAAAAUGUUGCAUGUGCCAGUGCCAGUCAAACCAGACGCAAGUCAGAAAUUUCACCAAAAAAUUUGUCUGAGAGUCGAGAGCGGAAUUUUAUGGUGUCCGUUUUGAGCGUCAAUAUAGUGACGUUUUUUUUGGUGGUGUUUUUUUGUUUCUUUGUUUUCUUUAAAAUUGUUCAUUUUGAAAAAGCCAGUUGCUAGCAAUUCGUAAAAGAGUCUGUGAAUAUACCAAUAGAUGCUUUACGAUCGACAAUGUCUAUUUAAUAAUAUAUACAAUACAUGUUUCUAAUGUUUUUAUUUAAUAUUGCAGUAUGCAGAAUCCAAGUUCGUUUAUUCUAUUUAGCAAUAAUGCUCCAAGUUUAUUUAAUCUUGCAAUAUGAACCAAGCUUGUUUAUUAUAACAAUAAUUUGUUUAUUUGAUAUAGCAAUAGCAAUCGUGCUCCAAGUUUAUUUUAUAUGACAACACUUGUUCCAGGCUCGUUUUUUUUUCCAAUAAAAUAUUGCAACAUCUAAUAUUAUUUUGUUUUUCGUUUUCUUUGACUAAA